AUUUCAUCUCCUCAAGGCCGAAAGGGCCAGAUGCGGCCCUGAUCUCGCUUCUCCUUCCUUCAUCCCAUCUCCUUGCCUGCCAUGUCAUACAAGGCGGCGACUGGCGCAGGUCCUUCGCUCCCCUCUCGAAUAAUAGACGCCUACUCAACCCACACCUCACUGCACGACUCGAUCCGUCCACUCCUCGACGUCGUCCGCCUACAAGAGCAGACGCAAAACGAUUUGUACGCGCAAAAAGGCCGGCUGACAUCAAAGCGCACAACAUGGAAUCGCAUAGAAGGUCGCUUCGCAGAUGGCGAGGCCGCUCGGGAUGCGCUUCACCCUGGAGUCGGCACCAGGCUCGGGGCCAAGCUAGUUGCCAAGAGAAGGCGCAAGCUCGAGGCCGCUGCAGCGCUUUGGAGAGAGAGGUAUCGGGAAAGGGACGAAUUAGAGGCUGAGAUCGUGGAGAUGGAGAAAGAAGUCAGGCUGACGGAAGAGAGGUUGACGGAGAUAGAGAGGGCGAAUGAAAGGUUGCUCGUGCUCGAAAAGGAGCUUGAUACCCUCGACGAGAGCCUCUUCAGUGGACCGACGGAGGGCUGCUCUGCGGAAGAUCAAGGGGAGCACUCUGUCCUCGUAGCAAGGGAGACGCGAAGAUUUCUCUCAGCAGAGAAUGAGCGAGAGCGACGCUCACGGGACAAGCUACAUGCCUCUCUUCCAUCGUUCGAGUCUGUCCUCUCACACCUCCGCCAAGCCCUCGCCGUGACCCUUGAAGCGGGCGUACCCACAAACACCAAAUACACUCGUCAACUCUUCGUCAAUGGCAGCCCGAACAUCGUUGCGCGGCGGGUGAGCACACUGGUGCUUUCGGCCAAGACGGCCAGCGGCAAGGGGACGACAUUUUUCGCUGAGGCGAGGGGCAGCCAGUUGCUGGUCAGGCGACUGCCCGUGCUCAAGUUGAUGGAUCUGAACCGCUUGCCCGUGGGAGGACCCACGGCUACUUCUGUUGCUCCUGCUUCAGUAGCUGCAGUGGAGCCCAUGAGCGAGGCGAGCAUGCAUGGCUCCCUUGAGACCUCGUAUGCGCAGGCGCAAGCACAACUGGCGCAUGUGAGAAGAGAAAUCAGACGGAGCAAGAUGAGGAGCGAGUUCUUCCGCGAGAAGAUUGAGGCGCUUCAGCUCGAGGAGAGGCGAGCAUGGCUUGGCUUGAGGCAGCUGCGUAGGGACAUCGUCGUAGGUGUGGCCCGGGAGGGCAAGAGCCUAGAGGAGGCGGCAGUGGCUGCGGCUGCAAGGCAGGGUGGGGCGCUAGGCACUGAAGAGGAUUAUGAUGACGAGGCAACCUUGGCGGGCGAUGCAGAGGAGGAGAUCAGGAGAGCGACGGCGACGAUAUACCUCGACGAUCCCGUCGACGACGAUGCUAGCGGCGGCAGUGACACAACCCCAGCCCGCGAGCAAGAUGGCUCGAAGCUCGUCGUCCCUCCGCCAUUGGGUCGCACAGAUUCUGCCGCCACAUCAAAUGAAAGCGACGCAGGCGAGGGCUUCUCGUAUAUCCGCAAUCCUCACCUCGGGACUGGCAAUAUGACAGCAGACGAUGGAGCUCUGCAGCUGCUCAACCCGAAGGCAAUCACCGCCAAAAGUACCAAAGCGCUGCGUCGCACCUUGCGCGCGUGCGUGCGCGAUACCAAUCGCAAGGAUGGCGCCAAUUCGACGGACGACCUGCCCACUUUUUGGGACAUGUCGUAGCGCGCGCGCAGCCUCAAAUUUAUAUCCAGUAUCACGUUGUUGGACCUGUACAUACCGCAUCGCAAUGCAAUGCAUUUCAUCCAUGCCA